UAAUGGUCAAUGAAUUACUAUACAACUUGACACAGUCAUUUAACUACUAUAGCAUAUGGCAUGGUCAUUGAACCACUAUACCACCAACAGAAUUCUGCCAAUCUCCCACUUGUAUACAGUACCUGAACAACAUAUGUACUCAUUGAAUCUGUGGCUUGUGAAUGCUAUUUAACGAAAAUAAGUUCACACUCAUUCACAAAACCUGUUAUAUAUAAGGUACUGAUAUUCUCAGACAUGACUAAGCUGUAACCCAGAAGGUACCAGUAAACAGAUUGUGCACUGAUAACCCCGGGAUGAGGUAAACAAGCUUGUUGUUUUUCCUGUGGUAGUUGGUUAUUAAAGAUUCCCUGUGGUGCAUUAUUCUAACAAUGUUUACUGUAGAAUCUGCUUAUAUCAGGGUCCUGUAAUUAUGGUAUUGCAUUAGGUACUAAUUAUAUAUGUGUGUGUUACUUAAUUCAUGAUAUACUUAACUUUGCAGUAUUUUAUGACUGUUAAGCAACAAUUAUUACAUAAUUCAUCAUAAUAGUAAUGGAUAUUACAUUGUAUAAUCAUUUCAGAAUUCAGAUAUGAUUAUAUUGUAGUUUUCAUAUCUGUCAUCAAAAUAAUCUUAUUCCAUUAUUGAUGAAUUCAAUAAUGUGUUUAAAAUUUCAUUCAUAUGUGGGACAUCUUGGAUUUUUACAUGCAUUAUUCACGUCAAGUAUUUUACUAUGCCAGUCAGCUUAUGAUUAGUUCUUUACUAGUACACCACUUUUCAAUUGCCAAAAAUUCUCCAGAAGUACUAUAAUUAACAUCAACAAAAGUAUACACAUAUCAGUUUUAUCUGCCUUUUAAUUACCAGGGAUUGGUAAGAGCAUUCCAGUAAUUAAUUAGUAAAGAUUUUACUCCGUGUUUCUCUACAAGAAUAGAGAGAGGGGAGAGAGAGAGAAAGUGUUUUAUAUUUUUGAUAUAUACGUGCAAUUUACACCUGUGCCGAGAGCCUCCUUAGAAGUGACUGUCACUAUCACAGUGGGCGCUGUCUCCUCGAGUUGGUAUUGCUAUUGAUCUACAAAUCUCGCGUACAGUCAGCAGCCAUAGCAUUAAAGCUGGUAAAUGCCAGGCACAUUGAUAGAAAACAACAUGACAAGCAACAGGCCAAUUCAGAACCUCCGCUUCAGGAAUAAAACAUAAACCUAUCAGCAUGACCUUGAGAUCAGGUCGGAGUGAGACGUUGCCAGGGUGAUGGAGUUCAAAGCUGAGAGCCUGGUAACAGUAUUCUUCACAGCUCUCAUUGUUUGCUUCAACACUCUCACUCUUCUCGUCAUUGUGUGGACUGAAUCCAUUCGUAACAUCAACAAAAUUUACUUUGCCUCACUGACAGUCUCGGACUUGUGUGUUGGAGUUUUCAUUACGCCAUUUGCAGUCUUCAGCUCCUUUAGCAACUCGUGGAUUGUCAAUGAUGAGAAAUUUUGUCAUAUUGAGGCCUACCUUUUGGUCAUUUUUUUCAUCGCAGGUUUGUAUUCCCUAGCAUGGAUCAAUGUGGACCAUUAUCUUGCCAUCAGAAAACCACAACGACACAAGGUUGCCAUGACAACAGCCCGUUCCCUAUGCUGGAUCAUAUUUGUUUGGAUUGGAGCUGUCAGCUUCUGCAGCCCAACUCUCUUCUCUUUCAAGAAACAAGCCAAGUAUUAUGAGGAGGUUUUCCUGUGUUCCAUUGAUGCUGGCUCUCACAAACCAUACUUUGUGACAGCAGGGAUUUUGGUUAUCUUGCCUGCUUUCUUCGCUUUGGUGUCUACCAAUGCAUACCUCUUUACCAAGUCAUUCCGCAAAAAGAGACAUAUGUAUCAAACCAUUCUGGUAGAUACAGCUUCACGACCAAAUAACUACUUCAUGAACUUCAUUAUAUCCAUGAUUUUUCUAAUAGCAUGGAUCCCAUGGUUUGUUCUUCAGAUAUAUGGAGAGUUUAUUGAGAAAAUAUCUGACUAUCCACAUUCAGUGCAUUUUUAUCUGUUGUGGUUUGGGAUUGGAAAUUCCUUUUACAAAUUUUUUGUGUAUUUGUUGUGGAGUCGAGACUUUCGACGUGGUCUGCGACAAUUGUGUUGUCAUAAUGAUUGUCGAUGUCCAGAGUGCUCCGUGUCCCAUAGCGUGAGUUUGAACUUUGGUACAGCAACUGGUGCUGGCAAGUGAAAUCUAGGUCCCAUCUUAUUGUAUUACUGUAAAACAAAGUCAUGACUUAGGCUUCUGGGGAUGAUAAAAAAAUUAUAUGUUGAUUCAAUGUGUUAACAAAUUAUCAUCAUUUUCACCUCUUGUGGAUAGACAUGUAUUACAUUUUUAAAACAAUUUUCCCCAGUUUUAGCUAGAAUUAAGUGAGUUAUGAUACAUGCAACAGAAAUUUGUAUAUUUGAUAAACGAAAUGAUUCUGUAAUAUUCUCUAAAGAAUGCAUACUUUCUGAUUGAAAUGUACAUGAUAAGUACAGUAUACAUUCUAUAGGCAUACCUGAGGUACGUGGAACAUAUUCACUUCUGCAGAUUUAAUAUUGACUAAUACAAGUAAUUAUUAUAAGUAUAAAUACUUUCAAAGUGAUGAAAAUAGAAAUCUAUGGAUUAAAAAAGUAAAGAUAUAUAUUCUGUAGAAAUUAAUAAUCAUUAUGUUGUUACUAAGAAUUUUGAUAUUCUGUUGCAUUUUUUUUUUUUAGAAAUAUCACUUUCUGAUAUUGAAAAAGUUCAUUGAUUUUUAGGAAAUCAAAUACAAGUGGAUUUCCUGAACAUCAGUAAAACUACAUAUUUUUAGUGCAGUCAAGUCUAAAAAUGUUGUGCACAAUUUACAAUAUGAAGCGAUCAUUGAUUUUUUUCUCCUUGUGAUAAAUUUUCAGCGCACUACUUUGGAGUGGUGUGGUUUUAAUGAUAUUGAUAGAGUUUUGAGAGGGUUUUUUCAUAUUAGUGACUAAAAAUUGUUAUAAUUGUUCAUUUUCAUAAGCUUGCUGUGAUGUUAUAGAUUUAUGCUGUGAUACAACUGAAAUUCCAGAGCAUCAAUUUUCUCCAUGCAUACAUACUUGAGCAUUAACCAGAUUUAUUAUAAAUAGCACCAUUUUAACCUGCACUCUCUCCAUAUUAUAUAAUAAUCCAUGAUGCAUAUAAAAAGUUAUGAAUAAUUGAUCUAAUAACAAACUUAGUAGCAAGUGAUGCUUACGUAUAAAUUGUCAUUUUCUUUAUGAGUUGAAACAGUGACAUGUAUAUAGCUUCCUUUCUUUGAAGAUAAAAUUGUAAAUCAAUAGGCAAGUCUUAUUCAAUCAUUAAUGGUCAGCUUUAGUAUAUGGGGAAGUUAUUUUUAUGCCCCCAUAAUUGCAGAUUCAGAGGCAUAUAAUUUUUCAUCUGUCUGUCUGUUUGUCCACAAAAACAAAAACUUUGGUCCUAACUUUUGAAUGCUUAGUGCUAGGGCUCUUGUAUUUUGCGUGUGUAUUUUUUGUGACAAGACCUUUCUUUGGGUGCCAGAAUGACUUGGCUGCCGUACAGGGGCAUCAGUGUUUCACAAACACAUCUUGUUUUAUCAAUAAUAAGGUAGUGAUCUAUGGGUAAUGAGGAAAUUUCACAACUGGUACAUCCUGAAAUUUAAUGAGAGUAUAAAGAAUUUACCUUGUCUGUUAAGAAGUUCUAAAGACUGUUAUUUUACUGCAUACCGAAGCUGAAAUAAUACUGGUGAGUUCAUGGGACAAUGAUUAUCCCUGGUGAUUUUGGGGUCAGUAGGUCAAAGGUCAAGUAAACUGGUCAUGUAACAGUAUAUAAGGAAAUGGUUAAGAAUUGUUAAAAGCUACUAUAUUGUAUUUCAUUUUAUGUUGAUGCUGAAAAAAUUCAAAUUGCAUCAAUAUAGUGUACAUGGGAUAAUUAGGGUCAUCUCUGUGAUAUUGGAGUCAUUCCAUCCAGUCAAGAAGCUUUUAAAUCUAUUAAUAGUUGAACUUACACCAAUGGUAAAUACAAGAAUCAUUGCUGGCGAUUUUGAGGUCAAAGGUCAAUUGUAAACUGGACAGUGAUGUGGGAUGAGGAUGAUCACUUUUGAUUUUGGGGUCGAAAAGUUCAGAUCUGAGAUUUAUGACAUAAAUGAUUUCCUUUUUUAUUGAGUCACAUAUUUCACACACAACUCAGACUUGCUGUGGGAUAAGAUUUGAUUUUAUACACAGUUUUGGGUUUGUCCCACAGGAGAUAUUAUUAGUUUAGUAGGAUAUAGCUCUAGUUUUCUAGGUCAAUUAAGUUACUCCAGGACUUACGCGUACCUUGUUUAGACAAUUAUUUCACAUAGUGAUGUACAAUUUUAACAUACUUAGCAUUAUGUUCACAGGUUACUUUCUCAUAACCCUGUGUGACCAACAUUACUAUGAAUCAGCAGGGCCGUAACUGAUUUGUAAUGUUUGUCUUAUAACAUGCAUUUAAUAUGCUUACAUUUUUUAUUUAUCCCCCCCCCCUCUAAAGAAGAAAGAAAUAAAAAAAAAAAGAUUUUAAAAAUCAUAUAAAAGUAAAGUCAAAGAAAUUAAGAAACAAAAACAAAGUUUCUCGUUUGUUAUUUGUGUAUGUAAUAGAAGAAGUGGGGUCAUCAGAGCAACUGGUGUGUGUAAAACUGGGUGCAAUAUAUGGCAUAUUCCCAUCUGUUGUUGUAGUAUAUAUGUUACCUGUACACAAGAAAUACAGUCAGGUCAUAUUUUUCUAAUAAACCUUUUGCAAUGAAUUCCACAAUUAAAGUAAAGCAUGUGUUUGAUGAAUUUAUUAAGGUUUUUGCUAUAUAUAUUAAGAAAUUGUCAGACCUAAAGCCUACAGGGGUUUUGUCCCCUCUGGUACCACCAGCGCCUCACUCGAGACCAACAACUAAAAGUCUCAGGGGACCCCAGGAACCCCUAUCCCAGUUUGCAUCUCUUUCAGAAACAGAGAUAUGGGCCUGAGCUCCUGAGUAUACAUGAACCCAUUUAGAUCACCUUAUAUGUAAUGCCACCAGGCAACAGUGACAGCCAUGCUUUCUCUCUGAAAUGUUUUCAUUAGAUUGUUAUUUUAUCAAAACAUUUCUAGAAACCUAAUCAGUAAAUCUUUUUGAUGUACACAUGCUAUAGGUUUUUAUAGCGACAUGAAAUAGGUUUUACAGAAUACUCAUUUUGUUAACAUCAUCUGGUUAUGUACAGAAUUUAAAUUUGAUGUUGAUUUAUUUAUUGGCAUUAUAUAAACAAUUUUAUGUAUCAAUGAUGACUUCAUGUCUUUUUAAGAUAUUUUGUUUUCUCUGUUUUAAUGCCUAAGAGGUUAAAAUAUUGUUUUAUAUGAAUUGCCCAUUUGUUAAUAUCAAUUCAUACUCUGGACAUUGCCAGUAAAGCAUUGUCUUUAACAUUUUUAUUUUACAAUUUGUUUGUAGUGUACAAAUGUCCAUUUUUUAUAUAUAUACAAAAUAUAUAUUCAUAUUGAUUUUGUAUAUUGUUUCUCGUGUAAUUUUAUCAGAUAAGACACAGAUACCAUUCCAAACAAUUAGUCUUUAUUCCAAAUGUUAUCAGUGAAUGAAUAAUAUAUUUGUUGUUAUUUUGUACCAAAUAUUAAGAAACUUUUAAAUUAGUAUUUACCGUAACUGUGUUUUAUCCACUUUUUUGGUUUAGAAAAUCAAACAUUUUACGUUGUAUAUGCAUCAUUUUGUGAUAGAGAGGAAAAGUUUCCAAUAAGGUGCUGAAGUUGUUCAAAGGAAAUUGAAAUUAGGCUGUUAGAUAAUAUAAAUGUAUAAUGAUUUGAUAAUUGAACUUAUAUAGGGUGAAUAUUGGAAAACGUUUGAAGAAAAAUGCAGGAGCUUGAGAGUGCAUUUUUACACCCAAGUGCCAAUAUUCACCAUUUUAAGUUCAUUAACUCCUUUGUUAUAUAGCUUAAACAUAUUUCAGAUUAUUUUUUCCAUUUCCUUGUCAAGUUUAGAAUUGAAGCAUUAUGAACACUGAUAUGAAUACACAGAUAUUUAUAUUUUACAAUAUUCACUCAAUUGCAUGGUUCAGGGCAAGUGUUUCAAAUCAUGAAUAAUAUUUCAUGGUCUUUAACUUAAAGUCUGAAUCAAAACAGUGUUCCAUUCUCAUCAAACUUAAUUGAUAUUUAAUAGACAAAACAUCAAAAUUGGCUACCAGAACUUUUAACCCACACAUUAAUAUCUGGUUCACCAUCUUUGUUUACAGCUCGAGUGCAAUGACAUUAACUUGUGCCUGGAACAUUUUAAUGCGGAUCAUAUUUCAUGAAAAGUUGGCAUUCAAUUAAGGCCAAGAUAUAUUGCACAAUAAAAUUCUUUAGAAUUUUGGAACAUUUCAUUACAUGUACUAGUAAAUAAUGUGUUUCAGCUAUAUAAUGAUGUGUAGUGUAGCUUUUGAAGUCCUUUGUUUCCAUGGUAUUGUCUGACAUGCAUGACUGGAUGUAUCCUAAUAAACAAAGAAAAGACUAGAAA